AUCAGCUGCUGGUCUUUUGUUAUCACGGCCAACCGACACAAUUUAUGUCGAACAUGAAGUCCGUCACUUAACAGACAGCUUCCAGGGGGGUUCAAGUCACCGCAGCUGCCGAAAAGAAGGGAGGCGGACAGGACUUAAAGGAUGGCCGGGGGUCCGAGGAAGCGGAGCAGCGGCAGCACCAGCAUCGGCGGGGCCAGUCACUCGGAGCCCCCUGACCCCCAGUCGUGUGCGGGGAAAGACGCAGGAGGAAGCUCCGGGGUGGCUCUGAAAAAACAGAUCGGCCUAGUCAGCGCCUGUGCCAUUAUCAUCGGCAACAUCAUUGGAUCAGGGAUUUUUGUGAGUCCCAAGGGGGUCCUGGAGAAUGCUAGCUCAGUGGGUGUGGCCAUCAUUGUGUGGGUAACCACCGGAGUUAUCACAGCCAUCGGUGCUCUCUGCUAUGCAGAGUUAGGGGUGACCAUCCCCAAGUCAGGGGGAGACUACUCUUAUGUCAAGGACAUCUUUGGAGGACUGGCUGGGUUUUUGCGUCUGUGGAUCGCAGUGCUGGUUGUCGCCCCCACUAACCAGGCUGUGAUUGCGCUCACCUUCUCGAACUACGUCCUGCAGCCCCUCUUCCCCUCCUGCCUCCCCCCAGACAGUGGCAUGCGCCUGCUGGCAGCUGUCUGCCUGUUGUUGUUGACGUGGGUGAACUGCUACAGUGUGCGCUGGGCCACGUGUGUCCAAGAUGUCUUCACGGCUGGCAAGCUUUUGGCCUUGGGUCUCAUCAUAAUCAUGGGCGGCGUCCAAAUAUGCAAAGGUCACUAUUACUGGUUGGAGCCGGUUCACGCCUUUGAGAACUUCCGAGAAUACGACGUCGGUCAUAUAGCUCUGUCCUUCCUACAAGGCUCCUUUGCUUACGGAGGCUGGAACUUCCUCAACUACGUCACAGAGGAGCUGGUUGACCCGUACAGGAAUCUGCCACUGGCGAUCUUCAUCUCCAUCCCCUUGGUCACCUUUGUUUACGUGUUCGCCAACGUGGCCUACAUCACAGCCAUGAGCCCCCAGGAGCUGCUGGCCUCCAACGCUGUGGCAGUGACAUUUGGAGAGAAAUUGCUAGGAGUAAUGUCAUGGAUCAUGCCCAUCUCUGUGGCACUCUCCACAUUCGGGGGUGUCAAUGGCUCCCUCUUCACGUCGUCUCGGCUGUUUUAUGCGGGAGCGAGGGAAGGCCAUCUCCCACGUCUGCUGGCCAUGAUUCAUGUCAGACGCUUCACUCCCAUCCCAGCCUUACUGUUCAGUUUGAUCUCCACCCUGCUGAUGUUGUGCACCGGUGACAUUUACACCCUCAUAAACUACGUGGGUUUCAUCAACUACCUCUUCUAUGGCAUCACUAUCGCUGGGCAGAUUGUGCUGCGCAUCAAAGAGCCCGACAUGUAUCGACCCAUCAAGGUGAGCCUGAUAUGGCCAGUGAUCUACUUGCUGUUCUGGGCCUUCCUGUUGAUCUUCUCCCUCUACUCUGAGCCAGUCGCCUGCGGUACUGGUCUGGCCAUCAUGAUGACUGGUGUCCCAGUAUAUUUCCUGGGAGUCUACUGGGAAAACAAGCCACAGUGUUGUGAUACAACCAUGGGUAAAAUUACUCAUCUCUGCCAAAAGCUCUGUGCGGUGGUCUAUCCGGUCAUGGAGGCAGGUGUGGAGUCCCACGAGCCUCAAAACAAAGAUGGAGAUGAAGAGGACAGCUGAUUGAACAUGUGCAUAAACAAACGCUGACAAUGACUCGCACGUUUUUCGGGGGAAUAAGCACUUAGGGAAGACCCAAACAUAUUCACUUGUUGUUCCUCAACACUGGCCGCUCUUGCUCCGUUUUGACUGGCAUUAAUGCUCACCACUGUUUCAGUAUCUGGUCUGGGAACAGAUGCUUGAGAUGAAUUGUCACUUAAUUUGAAUUUAUGAAACACUGCAACUGAAAUUAUCACACACGUCUGUUAUUUUGUUUCUAUGUUGGAAUUGAAAACUUCCUUUUGUCUGUCUUCUGAGUCUGCGGGGGCAGUGGCGAAAUAUUUUAAUAUGCAAGUUGUAUGUAUUGUUCAAGCUCUGUGUUUAUAUUCUCACCUGACUACAGCUACACUAAAAUGAAAUUAACCAGAUGGUUUGAUCUUUAUUUAAUUUAUUUUUUAUUAUCAUUGGACUCGUGCCACAUUGUAUUAAUAAUUCAUUCAAAAUGUCCCCCCUUUGAAUAUGUAGAGGCAGCGUUGGCUUUGGAGAGCAAAUGUUUGUUUUUCUUGCACAUAGAUCUCUAGGUUCUGAAUAUGAAGUGCAGCAGCUUACCCUAAAUGGUGUUUUUUUUUAUUUUUUUAUUUUUUAUAAAAAAAGCAGCUAUAUUCAUUUUCUAAUAAACAGAAAGCCCAUGGUAGAAAAUAAGAUAUUUCUGAAUUUCCCAUCAUGCAUCUGCAAUGCUUAUAUUCUG